AUGCCACUGAGGAAUGGCAGCAAGGCGUCAACUACUUGUAAGGAUUUUCUGAAAGGUAAGUGUCAUUGGGGAGCAUCAUGCAGAUAUCCCCACUAUGGUGCUUCUGGUGAUGAAUAUGAGAGAGGCAAUAAAAAUUCAUCCUUUGGUCAUGAUGGCAAGCGCCAACCUAGCCGCAAGAUCCCUUGCAAAUAUUUUAUGAUGGGUAAAUGCCAUCGGGCUGAUUGCAGGUUUUUCCAUGAUGGUUCAACAUCUGGAAAUUUUGAACGGAGGUCACAUGAUGAAAGAUGGGGCCACAAUUUGGAUGACAAGGACAAAUCAUGGAAUGGUCCAACAUCAGAUGAUGCGACUCAUGAUGGUCCAACAGCAGGCACCCUUGAAGGAAGAUUGUGUGAUGACAGAGUGGUCCUCAAUUUGGAUCACAAUAGCAUAUCAUGCAAUGGUCCACCAUGGGAUGAUGUGAAAGGUGUCUCAAACAAUUCAAGGUCCACUGCUCGGGGUGACAGUUAUGCUGGGAAAAUGAAUGUUUCUGAUUCAGCAAGUGCUGAGAAGCAGACUAGAGAUAGCUGGGGCCACACAUUGGAGAAUGAUAGUGAGGCUGCUGAGAGAGCUGAAUACUUUUCUCCUCACCUGAGGAGGGGUAGUAAUGGUGCACACAUGAGUACUACUGAAUUCAGGAGUAUGGAAGAAUCCAUUGGUAGAGAAGCGACCCAAUUGAUUUCCUCAGGUCCACAAUUGCAAACUCUGGAUACAAAUGUCCAGGAAACUAAAACAAUACAAGAAGCUUUAGGCCACCAGCUAGCUAUCACAGUCAUGCAGCAAAUGGUGUCUGAAAAUUCUUUUGUUCAGGAGCAUAGGGGUGAGGGAGAAGAUCAUGUUGCAAUAACCGAUGGUUGUAAUGGAUUGAACGAGGUAAAGGUCACUGGAAAUACCAUGCUACUGGAUUUUGUGUCUGGGCAGGGUUUCGAUCGGAAUGUUGACAGUAGUUGCUCUCAACCUUGCUCAAGUUUUAGUGCAACUGAUCAAAGUCGGCCAAAUUUCGUCCUAAACUCCUCGAAUGGGCAUAGUAUCAACCUGAAUGGGACGCUGCAAUAUAUUCACUCUCCUUUGAAUCCACAAAAUCAGACACUGAUUCGUCAAGGAGCUGUUAAAACACCAGAGAUGCUGGAAUUUGAAGUCCCACCAGUAACCUCUGAAGUACGUCAGAAUGUUGCAACUAGUGAGCAGAUUGCUCAAAUAGCCAACCUUUCAGCAUCUCUGACUCGGAGAUUUGGAAAUGAGCAACAAUUUUCUCAACCACAAGCGGUGUUAUAUCCCCCCAACUCCACAAGUAUGGUGCCUUCUCUUCCCAAUAAUGCGUGCCAUGUUCCUCCUCUCAGCACAGUGAACCCAGCAACACCGUCACAAGAGUUGUAUGAUCCUAUGAAUGAUGGUUUGGAGCCCAGCAAGCCUGGCAACAGUAACCAACCACCUGGAUUUUUGUCCAGUUCUCAUGAACAGAAAAGUCAAAUGCCCUUGGAAGGCUUAUCUCUGUUGUCCUCUAUUGAUCCUGCCUCCAGUAAACUCCACCAGGAUGACGGUAUGGAGGAAGUACAUCAUGGGAGUCCAAAGUUGGAGCAGCAACAGCCAGUUGCAAUAUCAGAAUUCAACAAAGACGGUGACUUAGUAGCUGAGAAUUGCAAACAAGAGCAGGAAAAUAUUCAUUCAGCAAACAUGGAUGCGGAUGGCAGGGUUGAUGGGGGCGAUAACAACAAGGAUGAAAAGGAGAUGCGGUUGUUCAAAAUUGCACUCGUGGAGUUUGUCAAGGAGAUUCUCAAACCCACGUGGAAAGAAGGUAAGAUGAGCAGAGAAGUUCACAAAACUAUUGUAAAGAAGGUGGUUGAUAAAGUGACCAGUACCAUUCAAGGAGUUCACAUCCCGAAGACACAAGAUAAAAUUAAUCAGUAUCUGUCAUUUUCUCAACCCAAGAUUACAAAGCUUGUACAGGCAUAUGUGGAGAGGCUUCUAAAAAGUUAG